CCGCUCCACCAUGUCAGUCCAUCUCGAGAAACGAAUCGAAGACCCACCGGAAGGACACCCCUCCUCGCUAGCUUUUGUCGCUUAUGGGAUCAUAGGCGGGGCAAUGGACUGUCCCGUAACCUCUGUCAUUGCUGAGUAUAUGCGUGUUAACCGAAACGCAAGAGUUGUCAUAUGGAAGGCACGAAGCAUGGGCGGCACCAAAGGCGGAAAGGAGCAUUCAGGGUUCUUAGAAUGGAUGGGAGCGUUGAACUGCAGUGAUUACAAGCAUAUAUUUGAAGAGCAAGUCCAGAAAUUCGAGAACGAUUUUCCUUCCGUGAGGGGAUGUAAUCUGUUCGUCUGUGCUCCAUUUACGGCACGACCAUUCCGCGGAUUACAACGGGAGAGAAAAUGUUCGCAGUAUGGACGAAUGAUUGAUUACAGAUGGGCUCUCUGUAUGCUAUACACAUACGACCACGUUGAAUCCGUCAAACGGGUAACAACACGCACUACUCACGAUGAUGCUGUUGAGCACCUGAACGAAGUGAAAAAUGUGAAAUAUAAUGCGACUAUCUACCGCAGUAGGCACGCAGAGCCAACAUUGGAGCCCUUGUCGCAGUUUGAGCAUCCACAUUCGCUCCGAAGUCACAAUCAAGUAUUCGAAAAGCAUCUACAACUAUACAAGGCCGUCAUGGGUAUCCACAAAUUAACGUGGGACACACGCUUGCUUCGAUGUUCAUCUCUAACCGCCUUAGCCGCCGCCUGUCUCUUAAUCUCCGUUGUCAUUCGUCACGUGGAAUAUGCGUGA